AUGCUGACAGGAGCACCCCCCUCCCUAGAGGAACAGGAUACAGGCUACUGGCUGAAAACCCCCCUGUUCAGCAACGGGCUGGAGAUGGACAUCCCUCAACUAGAUAACUGCAUCAGCUGGCUGUUAGAGGAGGCCCUCUCAGGGAACGAGGAGCAGAAACCAGUUGACUGUCCUCUGAGAGCAGACAUGAGCGUCCUGGUGGAGCUGGCCCUGGGCUCCACGAAGGAACCCACCAACAGUCUCUGGAGCAACAUGCAGGACUACGCCACCAGCAAAGACUGGGACAACGCCUCUCUCUGUAAUGAGAUCUUAUUGGACACCGUGUCCAGGUUUGUCCUGGCUGCUCUGCUGAAGCACACCGGCCUGCUGGGCCAAGCCUGUGGAGAGGGCAGGUACCAGCCUUGUAAGAUGCUGGCUGGGUCAGUAGGACUACAAGGUCAACCGCCUGCUGGCCUGUAA